AUGACGCGUGUCCUCGUGGGGCUGGUGUACAGCGCUUGCCUGCUGUUUUGGGAUGUCGUGGCCACGUACACGCACGUGGGCGCGCUGGAGCCGCACGCGAUCGCUGCGCAAAGCUACGCACAGAGCCGCCACAACGGACGCCCCCCGGCCCGGACCCUCAACCCUGCCAUGCACAGGAGUGAUUUCACGUAUAGAGGGGGGUAUCUGUCCCACUACCAGCCUCCUCCUCCUCUUCAUCCUGGGAUCUCUUCACCUGUCCACCUGCACCCGCCCCACCUGCACCCGCCCAAUCCGCACCACCACCAACACCCGCCCAAUCCGCACCACCACCAACACCCGCCCAACCCGCACCACCACCAACACCCGCCCCUCCACAACCCGCACCACAGGCCCGCCGCAGUGCCCCCCUACCACCACCAGGGGGUCCACUCUUACCCCAUUUUCAAAGGCCCCCCUGUCAAUGCCCCUGCCCCCCUACCCUACCACCCUCCGCAGGUGUUCAAAGGACCCUUUUAUUACAAAAGCAAAGGCCCUUGCCCCGCUAAAGCAAGCCCCACUGUCCCAACUCCGCCUGUUGUCCGGACUCCACCCACUGUACCUCCCACCACGCCCCCUACCACUAUGCCCAUGACCACCACUUUGGCCACUACAACUACUCUGCCAACUACUACUACUACCCUGGCUACGACUACGCCCGUGACUCUACCGGUCAGUACCCAAAGCGGGCUCAGCACCACCAGCAGCCCAGUGGAGACAGAGACAGACUCCGAGUGCAGGAGCCGUCCUCUGGAUCUCGUCUUCAUCAUCGACAGCUCCCGCAGUGUCCGGCCCAUUGAGUUCGAGAAGGUCAAGAUUUUUCUGGCUGACAUGGUGGACACCUUGGACGUGGGCGCAGAGGGGACACGUGUGGCUGUGGUCAACUACGCCAGCACAGUCAAAGUGGAAUUCCUGCUCAAAGACCACUUCAACAAGUUGGACCUGAAGAAAGCCAUCUCCCGGAUCGAGCCCUUAGCCGCAGGAACCAUGACAGGCCUGGCUAUCAAGUCCGCCAUGACUGAAGCCUUCACCGAGGUGUCUGGCGCCCGACCUAAAGCCAGGAAGAUCUCCAAGGUGGCCAUCAUCGUGACGGACGGAAGGCCCCAGGACAACGUGGAGGAAGUGUCUGCAGCAGCGCGAGGAUCAGGCAUAGAGAUCUACGCCGUGGGGGUGGACCGCGCAGACAUGAACUCCCUUAAGCAGAUGGCCAGUAUCCCACUAGAGGAGCAUGUGUUCUAUGUGGAGACCUACGGAGUCAUCGAGAAGCUCACCUCCAAGUUCAGGGAGACGCUGUGUGGUGUGGACCCCUGUGCCAUGGGACACGACUGCCAGCACAUUUGCGUCAACAGCAACGCCUCCUUUUACUGCAAGUGCCGAACGGGCUUUAUCCUCAACGCAGACAAGAAAACGUGCUCGCUCAAACGUAACUCAGAGGUGAAGGUGGCGGUGAUAGAAGACCCCUGUAAGUGUGAGGCACGUGUGGCCUUCCAGAAGCAGACCCAGGCCGCUCUGCAGCAGCUCACCUCCAAGAUCGCCGAUGUGUCGCGGAGGAUAGAGAGCCUGGAAAGCCUGGCCGGACGAGGCUAAAAGCCGCUCUGUUCUGGGGUACGUGUGAACAGUCCCACCCAGGGGACCGUAAAACCUCCGCUGACCCCCUGACCUCCCGUUUGUUUACCCAGCAACGAUGCACCAGACCGGGCUUCCUCUGCCGCCACCUCUGCCUCCCAGUG